AUUAGCAACAUCAGACGCCACAGAAGGCUCAAGUAACACCGCAGAUUAUGCAAACCUACUUUCCUAAUUGAUUUUUUUCAGGAAAAAUAUUAUCGUUUUCGUUGGACUCUAGAAAACUUUUUAUAUUACUUUUCAGAUGGUGCUGGUUAAUUUUGCAAAGUGAUUGAAGUAGCAUGGCUUCUUCUUCUUCGUCCACUACUGUUGAAGUGAAGAAGCACGAUGUAUUCCUCAGUUUCUGUGGUGUUGACACCCGCAACACUUUUACCAGCACUUUAUGUGGAAUUUUGAAUAGUAGAAGUAUAAAUGUUUUCAUUGAUGACGAACUUGAGAGAGGGGAACAUAUAUCUUCAUCUCUUAUGAAUGAAAUUUCAGAUUCCAUGAUUUCAGUUAUCAUUUUCUCGGAAGGUUAUGCAUCUUCAAGAUGGUGUCUGGAAGAACUUGUGAAGAUUUUGGUGUGCAGGGAUACGCAAAAACAGAGGGUAAUACCAGUUUUCUAUCAUAUCUAUCCAUCAGAUGUAAGGAAUCUAACCGGUAAUUUUGGAGAGGGAUUUAAAAAGCUUGUAGAAAGUUAUGAUGAGGAGAAGUUAAAGAGGGUACAAAUGACAGAAGAACAAUUUAAAGAUAUGGUGCUGCAGUGGAAGAAUGCUUUGACAGAAGCAGCUAAUAUAUCCGGCCGAUCAACAGAAGAGAUCCCAUUCGAUUAUUAUCUUGCAAAUAAAGUUGUCCAAGAUAUUUGGAAGAAACUAAACAUCAUGAUCCCAACUAAUGAAUACAGAAAAUUGGUUGGAGUUGAAUCAACCAUCCGCCAUAUUGAAGAUUUAUUGUACAUUGAGUGGAGAAAAGUCCAUGUUAUAGGAAUUUGGGGAAUGCCCGGUAUAGGUAAGACAACUAUUGCAAAUUGUGUAUUCAACCAAAUAAGUAGUUGUUUUGAGAGUUCUUAUUUUGCUGAAAAUAUUAGGGAAGAAUCGAUGGGUCCUAACAAACUAAAUUCAAUGCGGCAACAACUUCUUUCAACUAUUUUAAAACAUCCUGAUAUUGCGGUAGAUUCCAAAGUAAAAAAAACAAUGUUUAGUCGUAAACAAGUUCUUAUUGUUUUUGAUGAUGUGACAACUUUGAGCCAACUAGAAUAUUUAGUUGAAGAUAUAUAUUGCUUUGGUCUAGGAAGUCGAAUCAUUAUUACAACUACAGAUAAACAAGUACUUCGAAAUUGUGGAGUAGAUGAAACACAUAUAUACGAGAUGAUGGGGUUGAAUGAGUACUACGCUCUUCAGCUUUUUAGAUGGUAUGCUUUUCAACAAAGUAAUCCCAGCAAAGAUUUUGAUGACCUAUCAAAAAGGGUAGUAAAAUAUGCUAAUGGUGUUCCAUUAGCUCUUAAAGUGUUGGGUUGCCAUUUAGUUGGUAAGUCAAUGCAAUUUUGGGAAAGUGCAAUAAAUGGAUUAAAGAGAAUUCCUCAUAAGGAUAUUCACAAUGUACUAAAAGUAUGUUAUGAGGGACUAAAUGAUGAUGAAAAAAAUAUAUUUCUAGAUAUUGCAUGUUUCCUUAAGUCGGAGAAAAACGAUUUUGUGAUGGACUUCUUGUAUGCUUGUGGCCUGGAGGCUGAAAGCGGGUUAAGUGUUCUCAUUGACAAGUGUCUUGUGACCAUAUCACAAGAUAAUAAGGUAACAAUACAUAAUUUGCUUCAAGAUAUGGGAAGGGAAAUUGUCCGACAAGAAUCCACGAAAUAUCCUGGUUUACGCAGCCGUUUAUGGUACCAUAAAGAUAUCUGUAGUGUAUUGAAGGAAAACAAGAUGUCUAAUGCAAUUGAAGGCAUAUGUUUAGACAUGUCUAGGCAAGCAGAGAUCAUUUUCUUACAGCCUUUUUCUUUAGGAGUGAUGGAUCAACUGAGAUUCUUUAAACUACAUAACAUGUACGAUGAAGUGAAUAAUAUCAAUAAGGUGUAUGCUUCCCAGGGGCUUAGUUCUGUUUCCUCUGAGCUACGAUACGUAUGUUGGCAUGGAUGUCCAUUGAAAUCAUUGCAACCAAAUUUUCUGUCAAAGAACCUUGUUGCGCUUGACAUGCCUCAUAGCAAUAUUGAACAACUUUGGUCUAGUGCUCAGCUUGAUAAUUUGAAACAUAUUAAUCUCAGUUUUUCUGAACGUCUGAGAAUCCAAGAUCUUUCAUUGACUCCGAAUGUUAAAAUUUUGGUUCUGGAACGUUGUAUAAGUUUACAUGAGAUUUCCUCAUCUAUUGACGGUUGCAAAUAUAAGCUUCAUAUGUUAAAUCUAAGGCACUGCAGAAGCCUUGAGAGUCUUCCAACAGACAUUCAUGUAGCAUAUUUUGGAAAAGUUAUCCUUUCUGGAUGUUCAAAACUCAAGAAGUUUCCAAAGGUGUCUUGGGAUAUGAAAGAGUUAUAUUUAGAUGAAACUGCAAUCGAGGAGUUGCCCUUAUCAAUAGAGAAUUUAUCCAGACUAGUUAUAUUAAAUCUUAAGAACUGCUCAAUGCUUCAGAGGCUUCCAAGCAAUAUCCACCAGUUGAAAUCUCUUAAACAUCUCAAUCUGUCCGGGUGUUUAAAACUUUAUGGAUGGCUUGAUAAGCUGGGAAAAUUACAAGCGCUGAAGGUGCUAAAAGCAGAGAGGGUCGCUAUUGGAGAAAUACCAACAUCCAUUCUAAAUUUAAGCUGUCUAGAAGAAUUAGACCUGACCAACUGUAGUAUUGAGAGGCUGCCAACAAAUCUUGGUCAGUUAUCAUUACUAAAAAGUUUACUUCUUGGCAGAAACUUUUUUGACAGCAUUCCAGAAAGUAUUGAAUACAUUUCUGGAUUAUCUUAUCUUGACGUGAGCUAUUGCGAGAGGCUUCGAAUCCUGCCUAAGCUUCCAAGAAAAUUAGAAAUUAUAGAUGCAAACAAUUGCAUAUCAUUGGAAGCAUCAGAGAGUAUGUUCUGCAGUCGAACUAUGGGAUAUUUUCCUCACAGCAUAAAAAUUGACUUCAGCAAUUGUUUCAAACUAACUCAAGAGUUCUGCAGUCGAAUUAUGAAAUAUUUUUAUUGGUCAAUGAGUUUGAGGGAGAGAGAUUUUAUAGAAAAUGAUAGAAGUUCUAUCUGUUUUCCGGGAAGUGAAAUUCCAGAGCAGUUUGUCUUUCAGAGUAUGGGUUCUUUUAUAGCUCUGCCUCCAUGGAGAAUUUGUUCCAGUAGUUAUUUAACUUCUCUUGUUAUCUGUGUUGUGGUGGAGUUUCGAGGCUAUCAUAAUAGAGGCCAGGGUUUGGCAGUUGGCUUUGAGUGGUCACUCACAGAUCAAAAUGGUGUAGAGGAUAUAUUCCAUGGAACUUGGAGUGUAUGGGACUAUGGUACUGGACCCGACUAUGUGGAUUCAGAUCACGUAUUGCUGGGAUAUGAUCAUACUUUUAAGUUCUUUGAUCCACUUUUCCCUUCGGAAAAUGCAUAUCGUGACGUAAGCGUCCGAUUUCAUGUUGAGAAUUCAUAUGCUGAAAGACUAGACUGCUGCAUAGUGAAAAAAUGUGGAGUUCAGGGUGAGGCGGUCGAACGAAUGGAAUUGAAACGUUAUCUUGCUCGAGGUAAAACGUUACAUAAGUGAUUUUUAUCAGAGAGUUUUAGCGAAUCAUCAGACUAAGGGAGGAGGGUACCAUAUUUUUGUCGAUUUAUAUGUUUUUGGUGUGUGUGUAUAUAUAUUAGUUUUUAUAUGUAUAUAUGUAGUUAUUGUAUUGAUGUGCAUAUACUUUUAUAUGGCGGAUAAUAUAUGCUCAUGAGAAUAUAUAAAUCUUUCUGAUUAUUGGAUAUAUGUGAAUGUGUAUGUAUAGUAUAUAUGGUUAGUUAUUGAAAUUGGUUAUAAGGUUUCUGUAAAUGGUAAUUUUUUAUGAUGGUUACUAUUAUUUAUUUAUUUUGUUAAUUGUAACUAAGUUAAUGAAAAUCUAAUCAGUUGGUAGGAUUGAUUUGUUUGAAUUGUUAAUUAGUAAUGUUACAGAGCAUAAUAAAAAUUCUUUGGACCCUAUAAAAUAGAGGUACUUUUGUCGUUUUCUUGUAACACACCUAUUGAUUAGAGAAGGUUACAUGUCAAAUCCCUAUUUUCAUUUAAUCUGAUCAACAAGUCAAUUAUAGUUUAGUUUAAGGUUAAAUAGGCGUUCACUUGUAAUGUGUCAAGUGAAGGUAGGAUCUUGAGAGAUCAUUAGAUAUAAGACAUAGAAAUCUAGUUAAUGAGGUAGGUUUAAGAGACCCAGUAGAUCUUAAGGGUCUAGAUAGUCAAAUAUAAGAUGACUUCAUCUAAGUAAAGUAAAUAGUUUAUUCUUGAUGACCGAUUUAACAUGGACCAAAUCUAGGGACAAAAUAGAAAUUUAGCAAACUUUAUUCUAUGAUCUUAUUUACUGAGUGUUUAUCACU